AUGCUUAUGCUUCUGAAUCCUGGACCUAGUCCCUUGUUUGCGCAACUUGUUACACCAAACAUCCCUGCCAGUUCCUCUGAGAAGGAAAAUUUGGGCGAUAUCAAGGAGCUUCUUCCUGAUGGGUAUGUCUUGCAGGUCCAUCACUAUCAUGAAGCUGAAUCUCACCAUCACCACCAUGAAGCUGGAUUACACCACCAUAACCAUCAUGACAUGAAGCGCAAGAAAGCUGGAUCUUUCCUCAGGCGUGUCCACUGCACCAUCAUGGUCCUUGGCCUAUGGGAGGGUCUUCAUGCUGAUGUGUUCGUUCUUGUUGUGGAAUCAUUAACCAGAUGGAGUGCGAGAUGUGUCAGUAUCUGGAGCAAGGACAUGGUCAAGAAGGAUUUCAUAGGUCGAGGACCUUACCCAACUUAUAUCCUUCCCUCCUCGUCCAGGACAACCCCUCCACCUACCACAAAUCCCUUCCUGCCUCCUCCAGCCGCUUUGGCACCUAAUAUUGCUACUUACUGUUGGUGA